AUGCCUCCGCCACAGGGAACAUGGAAUCCGAUCGAGGGUCCGGGUGACUAUACGAUGACCAAAGAAGUCCACAACGAAAGCUACCCCGGAAUCGAUCCAGCCAAACUCAACUUGUCUCGCAAAGCCGUCUUCAUCGCGGGAGCAUCCAAGGGCGUCGGUCGAGACACUGCAGCUUCUUACGCCAAAGCAGGGGCAUCGUACAUUGCCAUCGGCGCACGGUCAAGUCUCUCAGACACUGAGAACGAUGUCAAAACGGCGGCGAAGAAAGCUGGACGGUCGGAACCGCAGAUCCUUUUGCUGAAGCUUGAUAUUACCGAUCAGAAGAACGUGGAUGCUGCGGUGAAGGAGAUUGGAGAGAAGUUCGGGAAGUUGGAUGUCGUGAUCAACAACGCUGGAGUCUUUGCUGGGCGUGGGUUGGUUGGCGAGAGUGAUCCAGAGGAUUGGUGGUGGUGUAUGAACGUCAAUCUUCGAGGCCCCUACCUAGUCACCCGCGCCUGCCUCCCCCUCCUCCUAGAAUCCGACCUCAAAACCCUAAUCACAGUCUCCAGCGUGGGCGCCCACGUCGUCGGCCCAACCCUCUCAGCCUACCAAACCUCCAAGCUCGCCGUCCUGCGCUUCACACAAUUCGUCGCAGCCGAGAAUGCCGAGCAAGGCCUCAUCGCCAUCUCGGUCCACCCGGGCAACAUGCUCACGGAGAUUGUGGGUCACGGCGAGGGGUUCGAUGAGAAGCUCAAGGCGGUGUUUACGGAGGUGCCGCAGUUGCCGGCGGAUUCGAUGGUGUUUUUGAGUGCUGAGAGGAGGGAGUGGUUGAGUGGACGGUAUGUGAAUUGUACGUGGGAUUUGCCGGAGUUGGUGGGUGAGGCGAAGAGGGAGGAGAUUGUUAGGGAGGAUAAGUUGAAGAUUAGAUUGGUGGUGUAG